UUACCUGCCUUAUGCCACCACCUAUGGCGACGGCUAGCCGCCGUACGACCCCUGCCACCAUCCAUCGGACGGCCUCGCUUCUUCUAAUAGUGCUUGCGCUACUUCUCGUCACACCUCGCCGUGUCAGCGCCCAAUCCACCGCCACACCCUCCGGCGACGGCCCCUCCGGCUACUCCGUCAGAAUCAAACCCGGCGUCGCCGCCCUCGUGAUCGGUCUCAUCUGCGGCUUCUUCUUCCUCGGCUUCUUCGCCGUAUACAUUCACCAAUGCAGCUCGGGUAGCUCCGGUGGGACCCGACCCUCCGGGGCAGUGGAGUCGCGGGCCGCCGCCAGUCGAGCGGCGCGGCGAGGGCUCGACCCCGAGGUGCUCGCUUCGUUCCCCACCAUGGCGUAUGCGGAGGCAAAGGAGCACAAGAAAGGGAAGGGCGCGCUGGAAUGCGCCGUCUGCCUCUCCGAGUUCGCCCACGACGACACCCUCCGGUUGCUCCCUAGAUGCUGCCACGUGUUCCACGUCGACUGUAUCGACGUCUGGCUAGGCACCCACGUCACCUGUCCCGUCUGCCGGGCCAACCUCGCGGAGCCGGAGCCCGCGGACGCCGCCGACGCAGCCUGCGAAUCCACGCCUACGGAGGACGUCGGAGCGACGGUGGAAGGAGAUCUCGAGGGGGGGCGGCUGCCGGCGGUGGGGUACCGGAGAUGGCACUCGACGGGGCACAAGGGUGAGGAGGUGGACCGGUACACGCUGCGGCUCCCGGGGCACGUAAGGCAGGAAAUCUUCACGGCAGCGGGGCUCCGGCGGGCGGCGAGCGUGGCGGAAGCGCGAGCCCGCGGGGAGGCGAGCGGGAGCAGGGGGUACCGAGGGGGGCGGAGCGGUCGGUGGGGGUUCCUGCUGCGGACGUUCUCGGUGAGGCGGCGGGCCGAUGGGACAGCGACGGAGGGGUCGAGCAAGCGGGUAUACCCGUCUGCGGGAGCUCCGCUCAACCUUGCUCUCGAAAUAGGAGAGAGUGGAGCAGCAAAUUCCGAGCCCGCAAAGGAGGAGGAGGCGGCGGCGUCGUCGUCUGCUAGCCUCGCAGCAACGGAGCGCGUUUAAUGUUCAUAGAGCAAGCGCCAACAUGGCAAGUUGUCGGCGACAGGAUCCUUCUUCAAGAUUUAUUCUGUACAUGGACCAAGUUGUUUCGUGCAUCCAAAACAUGCAAGAUCGUUAAUUAGAAGGGAGAUAUGGAAAUUCUGUUUAGGUUUUGA